GCCCACUUUAGUCCUGAGAAGGAGAAGGUCAUUUCUAGCGCUGCGUUUGAUUUCCAGAACUUUUCCAACUGCUCAAGCUCUCGCUCGUUUCCAUUGAAAUUCCAAGUUUAACACGUUCGCUGGAUUCCGAUCUUCUGAUGACUAUGAACUUCACUGAAUAAUGGAUGCCGGCAAAUUGAAAAGCUUGGCUCACUGGGUGAAUUCUGUUGGAGUGGGCCCAUGUGUGGAGUCCCUUCAACAGCUCCAAGAUGGAUCACACUUUAUUGGCAUUAUCAAGAUCAUCAAUGGUGACAGGGGAACCCAGUUCUGUGAGCUACCCAUGCAGCGAUUCCGGCUCAUAUGUUCCUUUCUUGAAGAUUUCUAUGGGAUAUCGCUCCAGCAUCACGUUGACCACACCAAGAUCCUCCAGCGAGCAGAUGUUGGUGAGCUAGCCAAGGUGGCUGCCCUAAUGCUCUGUGCCUCUGUCCAGGGCCCCAAGGUGGACUUCUUCGUGGACAUGAUCACCAAGCUAGACAUGGUGGUUCAAACCCACCUGAAGGAGAUCAUGGAAGUCAUCGUGGCCCGGGGGAGUGGCGACGUUCUUCAGACUAACUUUGCAAGCAUUCUGUACAAAAAGUUGAAUGAAGACGUGUGUACAUCCUCUCCAGUUGAGCCUAUCACUCCACUGGUACCAGGCAGCAAAGCGCCAACCUCAUUUGGAUAUUCCCCCGUAAAGGCCCUGUUCAACACUCCCAACAUGGUCAGCAAGAUGAGAGAUCGUAAGGCCCACUACAACAAGGUCCGAAAACUGGAGAUAGAAAUCGCAAACGAGAAGGCAAUGCGCUCAGAUAAAGAGCAGGAAAUCCUUGAGAAGAACAAAGUCAUUGGUGAAAAUGAGGCUAAAGUGAAUGAAUUGAAACAGCAGGUAGUCAACUUGAGGAAACUAUGUGCCGAUGUGGAUAGCAUGCGCUCUGCAAAUGACCAACUGAAACUGAGCCAAGCACGCGUGGACAGAUUAGAGAGGAGACUAGCUGAGCUGGAGUCCAUGCGAUCUGCCAACUCACACCUGGAGAGGCAGGUGCAAAACUUACUGAACGAGAACAAUGACCUGGAGGCUAAAGUGCGCAACUUCACCAGCUUGAGGACGGAAAACGAACGUCAAAGGGCCCAGUUGUCAGAGAGUCUACAACGGUUUCGAGAGCUCCAGGACACGGAAUCCCAGCAGCGGAAGCAGCUCAAACUGCUGGCCACAACCAAUGAAGAGAUCCAAGCCAUGCUUGUUCAGCAGAGAGAGUUGACCGCGGAACACAAGCAAAAGAUCCAGGAACUAGAAGAGCAGCAACUUGUGAAUACCAACAGUGGAGAAAGCCUGAAUAUUAUCCCUGAACGUCGCCUGGGUGAGGUCCUUGACCAGCUAAACGAAGCAAAGGAAGAGAUGAAGCAGAUGGAAGAAUCGUUUCAAGCAACAAAAAUUGAAUAUCAAAAGACACUGAUAGCACAAGUCAACACGGCAAGAGAAGAGGGGAACAAGCGCUUUGAAGAAUUGGAAAAGUCUGCAACUUCAAAACUCAACAGCCUUCAGAAUGAAUUGCACAUCCAGACAGCCAAUAAUGCCAGUGCAGAACAGAAAAUUCAAGAGCUCAGCCUAAGAAUUCAUUCGUUGAGCAAUACUGAGAAAAUUCUCAAACAGGAGAUCUUGGAAGUUCGCACACAGGGGCAGCGCCAAAGAGAGACCAUCACAAGCCUAGAAACUGCAAAGAUGAAACUAGAAGAAGAGGCCAAAUCAACAGCAGAGCAACUUCAGCAGCAGGUUCAGCAAUUGCAAGCUAGGAUCCAGGAGCUGAAGUCCACAGAAGAAAAGUUAACUACAGAAGUCUCAACGGCCAAACAGAUGUCUAGUCAACAACAGAAAGUCAUUGCUAGCCUGGAGAAUGCUUCCAAGACACAGACAGAUGAGUUAGAAUCCACUAGAAUACAGCUGAAGCAGAGCUGUGAGACACUUCACCUAUCACAGCAGACGGUUGAAAGCUUGAAGGAGCAGAUUCAACAUUAUGUGGAGACAAACGCCACUGCAGAACAGAAAAUUCAAGAGUUCAUCAAAAAAAUGGAUACCUUGGGUGAUGCCGAGAAAAACCUCACUCAGGAACUCUUGGAUGCUCGUGCAGAAGCUCAGUGUCAUGAAGAAACCAUUGCAAGCUUAGAAAAUUCAAAGAUGAAACUGGAGGAGGAUGCAAAGUCAUCUGCUGAGCAACAUGAGCAGCAGGCUCAGGAAUUAAUUGCAGUGAUCAAGAAUCUGAGGUCCACAGAAGAGAAGCUCACCCAAGAAGUCUUGAACGCUCAUUCCGAAGUUCAGCGGCAUGCAGAAAGUAUUGUGAGCCUUAAAGCAGAAAAGAUGAAGCUAGAGGAAGAUGCCAUGUCAGUUGCUGACCAAUAUACUGAAAAAUCUUCAACAGUUGAGGUGCUACAAGCAAAGAUCAAGAGUCUGAGGUCUACAGAAGCGAGGCUCACCAAAGAAGUCUUGGAUGCUCAUUCAGAAGCUCAACGUCACUCAGAGACCAUUGUGGGCCUAGAGGCAGCAAAAAUGAAACUAGAGGAAGAUGCCAAAUCAGUUGCUGAUCAAUAUGCUGAGCAAUCUACAACAGUUAAGGACCUGCAAGCAGUUAUCAAGAGUCUGAGGUCAAAAGAAGAGAGUCUCAACAAAGAAGUCUCGGAUGCGCGUUCAGAAGCUCAGCGUCAUUCAGAGACCAUUUUGGGCCUAGAGGCAGCAAAAAUGAAACUAGAGGAAGAUGCCCAAUCAGUUGCUGAUCAAUAUGCUGAGCAAUCUACAACAGUUAAGGACCUGCAAGCAGUUAUCAAGAGUCUGAGGUCAAAAGAAGAGAGUCUCAACAAAGAAGUCUCGAAUGCGCGUUCAGAAGCUCAGCGUCAUUCAGAAACCAUUGCGAGCCUAGAGGCAGCAAAGAUGAAGCUAGAGGAAGAUGCCAAGUCAGUUGCUGACCAAUAUGAUGAUCAGUCUACAACAGUUCAGGAGCUACAAGCCAUGAUCAAGAGUCUGAGGUGUACGGGAGAGAGGCUCAAUAAAGAAGUCUCGGAUGUUUGUGCAGAAGCUCAGCGUCACUCCGAGACCAUUGUGGCCCUAGAGGCGGCAAAGAUGAAACUAGAGGAAGAUGCAAAAACAGUUGCCAGGAAAUAUGAGGAACAGUCCACAACAAUACAAGAACUGCAAACAACAGAAGCAAGGCUCACUAAAGAAGUAAUGAUGGCCGAACAGGUUUCGAGUCAACAACAGGAAGUCAUCACUAAUUUCGAGAACAGCACAAAGAGACAGGCAGAUGAAUUGCAAUCCACUAGACAACAGCUGAAGCAGAGUUUUGAGACCCUUCAGCAAUCGCAGCAGACAAUUGAAAGCUUGAGGAAGACAGGCCUUGGUCUGAAGAACUCCGAAGGGAACCUGUCUCAAGAAGUCUCAUCUGCUCGUCUUUAUGCUCAGCAUCAGGAGGCGAUCAUUUCUAGUCUUGAACAGAGCAAGAAGACUCUAGAGGAAGAAUUGGCUUCUGCCAGGAAGCAGGUUGAAAAUUACAUGGAAAUUAAUGUCGCUGCAGAGCAGAAAAUACAGGAGUUCAUUAGUAGAAUCAAUACCUUGAGCGAGGCUGAAAAACAGCAUAAAAAUGAAGUCUUGGAUGCUCGCACAAAGGCUCAGUAUCAUGUAGAGACCAUUGUGAGCCUAGAAACAACAAACACAAAACUAGAGCAAGAUGCUGAAUCAGUAGCCAGGCAGUAUGAGCAGCAGGCUGUAGAGGUUCAGGAGCUGCAAGAGACAAUCAAGGGUCUGAGGUCAACAGAAGAAACUCGUACUUCAGAAGUCUCAAUGGCCAAACAGGUUUCCAACAAGCAACAGGAAGUCAUUGCUAAUCUGGAGAAUACCAUGAAGGCACAGGCAGAUGAGUUGGAGUCAACUAAAAACCAGCUGAUGCAGAGCUUUGAGACAAUCAAAAGCUUAAAAGAAACAAGCACAUGUCUGAAGAACUCUGAAGGGAAACUGUCCCAAGAGGUCUCAAUGGCUUGUCUUCAUGCUCAGCAGCAGGAAGAGAUCAUCGCUGGCCUCAAAGAGAGCAAGCAAAACCUGGAGGAAGAAUGGGCCUCAUCCACAAGGAAGCACUUUCAACAGAACUCGGAAAUGAAUGCAGAUUCAGAGCAGAAACUUCAAGAGUUUAGGCUAAGAAUUGAUGCCUUGAACAAGACGGAGAUGAGUCUCAAACAGGAAGUUUUGGAUGCUCGCGUACAGUCUCAGCAUCAAGCACAGACCAUUGCAAGCUUAGAAGCCACAAUUAUGCAACUACAGGAAGAGGCCAAGCAAUUUGCCGGCCAAUAUGAACAGCAGGCCACAGCAAAUCAGGAACUGCAAAUGACAAUCAAGGGCUUGAGAUCAACUGAAGAAAGGCUGACUACCGAGGUCUCAAAACAGGUUUUGAGUCAACAAGAAGUCAUCACUAGUCUGGAACAUACCAUAAAGACACAGGCAGCUGAGUUGGAAUCCACUAGAGAACAGCUGAACGGAGGUAUGAUGAAGCUCCAGAAUAAAGCAGAAACAAACCAAAAGAUGGUCAGCAAGUUGCAACUGGAAUUGGAAAACCAGAAACGCUUGCAUCAAGAAGACAGUGUCGCGUUCAAGCGAGAGAUUGCCAGCAGGACGGAGCAGUUGGCAUCCCUGGAGGCUCAGAUGAGAUUUGAGAAGGACAGCUCCCUGAAGGAGUUGCAGAUCCUGCAGGAGGAGCUUGACCACACUAGACGACUGCUAGAGGCAGGGCGGGGGAGUGUCCCUCCACCCAUGGCGGACCCCCUACCGGCAGACAUGAGCAUGCACAGUAUUGACAGCUUGGAUGACGGGGAGCUAAACCUAGCUGAGCUAGAAGCCGGAUCCAGGGCCAGCAUUGUUUCUAAUUCAUCAACCAUGAGCGGCCGAUCCACGGGGAGUUCCAAGUCCCAAUGCAAGUACACCAUAGAGUUACACAGUCGUCAGAGCACCAGCAGCAACAGUUCCCUAUCUACUAGUCAGCCCACCCCAACCCAGCAGUCAACAUACCGGGACUCACUCUUAACCAGCCAGCUAUCGGCUAGCCAGAACUCCUUGGCCUCCAACAGCCAGUUCCAUCUCUCCACGGCCAGCAACAUGUCAGACACCCUGAAUCUCAGCCAUUUAGGCUCCUUGUCCCUGUCCAGGGCUAGCAACUCCACAGUGGGGGAUAACCUCCCCGAGAAGGUCUCGCAGACCAUUGAUGAGCUCAGCACUGAUCACUUCAAGACACGAUCACUCCGGGCAUCCAUGAGACAGUCCAAGAUCAGCCGCAGGACAACAGGCCGCGCCGGUUUCUGUCUUGUGGGUGCUUGUGAAGAGGAGCCUGAGGCUUUUGACUGGGACCGCCUGGCAGAACUCCAGCGCCGCAACACCCUGUGCCGCCCCCACCUCCAGACUUCCUACCCGGUGGAGACGCAGACCCGGGCACCCAAAGAGAUCACAGAGGACGGGUUGAAAGUUGGAGCCUCGUUGGAAGAGACCGGGGAAGGGCCUGUGACCCGUGGCAUGCGCAAACGAAAGAGCGGAGAUCUGGACCUCCCGCAAACUAGCGUGCCUGCCAAGAUGAGUACCUCCAACUCCUACCACGCCAUGCCCCCACCUCCCCCUCCGGAAGCCAAACGCUCGGUGUCAAUGCAGAACAUCAAGACUGUAGCAACAGCAGGUCCCAGCAGUACAACCCUGCAGAGCAAGAGUACUGUUAGAGCAUCAAGUAAACACAGCACCAGCACAACCAGCGUAAACAGCACCACCAGCAUAAACAGCAACAGCAGCAACACAAGCAGCAGCAGCAGAUUCCAUAGGUCCGGCAUUCUCAGGGCCAGUACUAAGUCAAACAAGAGCCAGAAACAAGCAGCAGCAGCCAAGGCACCAGCAGUCAAAGCACUGCAGGAGAGUGAGAAUCGUCGGGAGAGUAUGGCAUUCAGUAUCGGGUUCUCCCCGAAGCCCCAGGUCAAGCGGCGACCCAACCGGGCCUCCCUAGCCAAGAAGGCCACCAACAGCCCCAAGGUGCAGGCAGCCACGCCUGGAGCCACCCCAAGCAAAAAAUCCAAAAGGAGGUCAAUCGCAAAAUGGCUGGGCAAGUAAACUUCAUCUUUGGAGAACAAGACAUCACAGAUCUACACCCACCUAAAGAAACAAACGUCUACCCAUCAGUAAACUUGGUUCUGGAAUUUAAAAACCUCUUGGAAAAUUUUUCAAAAACUUGUCAAUAGUGUCUGAGACCCUCUUGGCCCUCUAAUUAAAAUUUUUGGUUUUGCUUUGACGGGUUUGUGUCACCUUCAGCUUUAUUCCUGUGUACAUAAACAUUUUCUUUAAAGUUCAAAUCGAAAAAGUAUUUCUGUUCAAUAUGCAAAUUUGGUAUGUACAUAUUAUGGUUUACUGAACUUACUAACGAAUUAGACAGAAUCAUUUUGUGUGAUUAGAGUGAAGGCUCAAACAUGUUGACCUUUUAGCAGUCAAUUUUCACAAUCAUUUCAAAAUGUUAAAAUACCUAUUUUUAACACCAUAUUUAUGGUUAAGGGGUAGCUUAGUGAUAAAUGUAAAUAUUGUUUGUAUAAAGUAAAAAGCUCAACACUUAAAAUUUUUAUUAGUGUAAUGGUGUAAAAUUUACAUACAGCAAGCAAGUUUACCCAACUUAGUUUUUAUCGACCAUAUUCAGAUGGAAUGGUUUUGUUGUACUGCAAGUAAUUUUUUUAAAAUUGAUUUGCAGGUCUGCUUUCAUAGCAUAUUUUCUUCUGGUACUUUGUCCAUAAGGCCUAAUGUCAGAUAUGUACUUUGAAAGAAUCUGCAUGAACUGUGGACCCAGUGCACAAGUUGGGGGAGACCACUGGUUUUCAUGGUAGAUACAGUUUGGAUAUUCCAUACAGUAAACAUCAUCCAUGCAUUCUGUAGCUUACAGGGCAAGCGCAGAAAUUCUGUGUUAGUGCUGUAAGCACAACAUGGUAAACAUAUUGCGCUCACAGUUUGAUCAAGUCAAAGAUUUUAGGAAGGAAAGUUGCUUGCAUACAAAGUCUAUGCAUGUUGUCAAUCAAAUGUUCAUCACAGUGAGUGUACUUUGUCCUUUAUAGGCAUGGCUUUUGACUCUCAACAAAUAAACUUGUUGCCUACGAUUGGCAUUUUAAUAGAUUCAAGUUUAUAGGCAAGGUUUGAUUGCUCGUGCAAAAAUAGUUGUUGCUUACUACUGUUGUAUUAUAUUCGCUGAUUCCUGUAAUGUAUCAAUAAAAUCUGAAAGUAGACAGAGUGCAUUUCACAGUACUACAAAAAUAUUCUGAUUUUGAUUUUCAAUUCAGGUUUUACAGGUAAAGGUUCUAGAUCUAGUGGAGGCAGGUGUUAACUGAGUUAUUCACAGAUUUGAUUGAACUUUAAAAACUUUGUAAUAAUGUUACUGUAAAUGAUUUAUGACGUUGAUUUUUAAAAUUUAUGUUCACCUAUUGAGGGAGGAAUAUAUGGUUGUUUUAAUCUACAUUGGGAUAUGAACUGGGAAAAGUGUUAAGUGCUGGAAAAUGAAAAUUGUACAUUUAUUUCAGGUUUUAUUUAAGAAUUAAAGUAAAUACUACAUUACAGAGAGCUUAUCUAUUCAGUGUUGACCAGGAAGCAUUUUUAUGGGAUUGUUAAGCACAGAAAAGAAUGGAUUAAUUACCAGCCAAAAUGUAAUGUGGUAUGUGUUGUUUGUGACUGGUACUCUGCUGCAUCUAGCCAGGCACUCUAAAUGCCACUAGAAGCACUGUUGAGUUGAGAACUUCCACAAAAUUCAAACCUGGUUCUGAUAUUCUAAACUAAUUCUAAAACUUAUUUUGGUGAAGGAAUAGAUUGUAAAUAGUUCAUAAUUGCAGUUUCCUGGGCAAAUCUGAGAAAUUAUUGUUUGAAAAAAAUGUGUAGGUGUUCCUUUUGUUUGAUUUUAACUUGUAAAUAAUUUGACAAUUGCUAAUUGUGUGAAGUUUUUUCCCCCAUACUUUUUUUCUUCAGAACGCAUGGAAAAUGUAAAUUGCUAAAUUAAAGGGUGAGCUAGGUUUUGGUUACUUAUGAUAAGCAUGUAUAUGAAUUCAAGCUUGAGGUUCUUACGUUUAGUUAACCAAAAAUAAUUAACCAUAGUACAACCAUCACCAAAAACAUGUACAUGUAUUUCUUUUUAUCAUGGAAAAAAAUACUACGUUUGGUUUUUAUGAAAUCAUUGAAUAAGGCAUUGACAGGAUUGGAAUCGUAGCUUCAUUUGUGGAAGAUUUGUUUUCAUUAUGGCAUUGCUACAAAGGAACAUUAAAUUGUGUUUUGUUUGUCUUUGAAGCUGCCUUAUUAGAGGAGUGAAAUUGUACACAAUCCUUUUAAAAAAUAAAUUAAAAAGUAAAUGUA